AUGGGGACCUCUCCGCAAACUCAGAACCAUGGCCACCACGAGGACCGAGAAAAUGUCCGUCUUGCCUCCCAGGACGUUUCUAACUUGAUCGGUUAUCAUGCAGACUUGUCAAGUACAGAAAGCGACACCGAUCUCGAGAGCGACGAUACUGUAAUUCUCCGAAGCAACUCUCAGUCGAGGAGACUGGAGUCCGCACCGCUGAUAACCGAUCACCGACGAUUUCCCUCGAUGGAUGAAGAUGAUCGCGAUCAUGAUCACGGCGUGCUUGCUCCGGCUGAUGGGGACCAGGAGAAACCGGUGACUUGGAGCUCGUUACCGAAGAAGGGCCAAUUGGUAAUCUUGACCUUAGCACGACUAUCAGAGCCGUUGACGCAGACCUCUCUGCAGGCAUACAUGUUUUAUCAGCUCAAAUCAUUUGAUCCGUCCUUGCCAGACUCGAAGAUCUCCGCGCAGGCGGGUAUCCUCCAAGGUAGCUUUACAGCCGCGCAAUUCAUCACAGCUGUAUGGUGGGGCCAUCUCGCUGAUGCUGAAUGGAUGGGCCGGAAGAGAGUGCUGUUGAUCGGAUUGAUGGGUACUUGUCUGUCUUGUAUAGGCUUUGGUUUCUCUCGAUCUUUUGCGACGGCCAUGGUCUUUCGGACACUGGGCGGGAUAUUGAACAGCAAUGUUGGGGUGAUGCGGACACUGAUUGCAGAGAUCAUUGCCGAGAAGAAAUAUCAAUCCCGCGCGUUUUUGCUCCUCCCCAUGUGCUUCAAUAUCGGUGUAAUCAUAGGUCCAAUCUUGGGAGGCUCGUUGGCCGAUCCUGUCAACAGUUUUCCGCAACUUUUCGGCCCGGGAUCUAUCCUUGGAGGUAAAGAAGGUGUAUGGUGGAUGCAGCAUUGGCCGUAUGCAUUGCCGAAUCUUUUGAGCGCAAUGUUCAUAUUUGCAUCAUUUCUCGCAGUAUUUCUUGGGCUCGAUGAGACCCAUGAAAUCGCACGUUAUAGAAGCGACUGGGGUCGUAAAAUGGGAAAACGGAUCACAAGAGCUUGGACCGGACGACCUCAGCACUAUCGUCCACUGACACGCUCCAGAGGCGAUGACUCUAUCUACACGGACGGCAGCGUUGGUACUUGGUCUACGCCGUCGAGUCCAGCCCACUCUCGCGUACAUCCACGCCGACCCAAAAGGAUCGGGUUCCGCCAGAUCUGGACCCGCAACAUUAUCCUGACUUUAGUGGCUCACUUUCUGCUUGCCUUCCACACAAGCGCCUUCAACUCUAUGACAUUUGUAUUUUUGCCCGCACCCCGUGCCCCAGAGAAAUCCCGGCAAGGUCUGUUCCAUUUCGGCGGUGGACUAGGUCUUCCAUCAUCCCGAGUUGGGCUUGCUACUGCCAUCAUCGGUUUCAUCGGCCUGCCACUCCAGAUCUUCCUCUACCCGCUGAUACAGACAAAGCUUGGCACGCUCACAUCAUUCCGAACGUUCCUUCCUUUUUCGCCCAUUGCGUACAUGCUGAUGCCCUUUCUGGUGAUUCUUCCUCGCAUACCAUGGAUUGUUUGGCCUUCUUUCACGUUCGUCGUUAGCUUACAGGUCAUCUCGCGGACAUUCAUUCUGCCCGCUGCUAUAAUCCUGGUGAACAACUGUGUCAAGGAUCCAUCUAUUCUAGGCACAGUCCAUGGAGUGGCGCAGAGUAUCUCCAGUGCAGCUCGUACCCUGGGCCCAUUCCUGGGUGGCUGGGGACUGGGACUGGGGCUCGAGAACAACAUGAUUGGGGCUGUCUGGUGGGCACUGGCCGUUGAGGCUUUGCUCGGUUGGGCUAUGCUCUGGAGUAUUUAUGAGGGCAAGGGAAUCGAACGCAAGAAAGAUGAGGCAGAGGGGGAUGGAGAGUGA